CUUGCAGACUUCCUUGAUCUUCUUUGGGGUCCCUGCCUCCAGAGACCACUCUUCUGUGCAGCUCAGCACCUCUUCACAGCCACAGCCACCUUGAGAUCUCUAUGCCAAUCAUGUUUUCUGUGUUUGGAUUCUCCGUCCCCAUCUCAGCCACGGAGCUUCUCUUGGCCUCUGCUAUCUUCUGCCUGGUAUUCUGGGUGGUCAAGGCCUGGCAACCUCGGGUCCCCAAAGGCCAGAAGAGCCCACCAGGGCCCUGGGGCUGGCCCCUGCUUGGGCAUGCACUGACCCUGGGGAAGAACCCACACUUGGUCCUGUCCCGGCUGAGCCAACGCUACGGGGACGUGCUGGAGAUCCGCAUCGGCUGCACGCCCGUGGUGGUGCUGAGCGGUCUGGACACCAUCCGGCAGGCCCUGGUGCGGCAAGGCGAUGAUUUCAAAGGUCGGCCCGACCUCUAUACCUUCACCCUGAUCACUGAUGGCCAGAGCAUGACCUUCAACCCAGACUCUGGACCGGUGUGGGCCGCCCGCCGGCGCCUGGCCCAGAAUGCCCUGAAGAGUUUCUCCAUCGCCUCCGACCCAGCUUCCUCAUCCUCCUGCUACCUGGAGGAGCACGUGAGCAAAGAGGCCGAGGCCCUCAUCAGCAAGUUCCAGGAGCUGAUGGCUGCCACUGGGCACUUUGACCCCUACAGGUAUAUAGUGGUAUCAGUGGCCAACGUCAUCUGUGCCAUAUGCUUUGGCCGGCGCUAUGACCAUGAUGACCAAGAGCUGCUUAGCUUAAUCGACUUGAGCAAUGAGUUUGGGGAGAUGGCUGCUUCCGGGAAUCCUGCCGACUUCAUCCCCAUCCUGCGUUACCUGCCCCACCCUACCUUGGCUACCUUCAAGGACUUGAAUAAGAAGUUCUACAACUUUUUGCAGAAGAUAGUCAAGGAACACUACAAAACAUUUGAAAAGGGUCACAUCCGGGACAUCACAGACAGCCUGAUCCAGCACUGUCAGGACAAGAAGCUGGAUGAGAACGCCAACAUUCAGCUCUCGGAUGAGAAGAUUGUCAAUGUGGUCAUGGAUCUCUUUGGAGCUGGGUUUGACACAAUCACCACUGCCAUCUCCUGGAGUCUCAUGUACCUGGUGACAAACCCCAAUGUGCAGACAAGGAUCCAAAAGGAGCUGGACACGGUGAUUGGCAGGGAGCGACGGCCACGGCUCUCUGACAAAUCCCAGCUGCCCUACAUGGAGGCCUUCAUCCUGGAGACCUUCAGACACUCCUCCUUCAUCCCCUUCACCAUCCCCCACAGUACCACAAGAGACACAAGUCUGAAUGGCUUUUACAUCCCCAAGGGGCGCUGUAUCUUUGUGAACCAAUGGCAGAUCAAUCACGACGAGAAGCUGUGGGGCGACCCAUCUGAGUUUCGGCCAGAAAGGUUUCUCACCCCCAGUGGCACCAUCAACAAGGCCCUGAGUGAGAAGAUGAUACUCUUUGGCUUAGGCAAGAGGAAGUGCAUCGGCGAGAUCAUUGCCCGCUGGGAGGUCUUCCUCUUCCUGGCUAUCCUGCUGCAGCAGCUGGACUUCAGUGUGACCCCAGGUGUGAAAGUGGACCUCACGCCCGUGUACGGGCUGGCCAUGAAGCAUGCCCGCUGUGAGCAUUUCCAGGUGCAGGUGCGCUCUUAGGCGCCGAGACUAGACUGUGCCUGCCUGGUCUGGCUGGGCAGCCAGGCCAGGGGAGUAACACACAAAGUGGGGUCUUAGCUUUGACAGAAACCACAGGUAUUGGUCUGGCUGGAUUUUGCUGUCUAAGUUUUCAAGCAAGCUGGUGGACUCAUGCCUGCAUCCCACCCAGGACUCACAUCUCUACAUGCUGAUCAGCCAGGGCCAUACAGAGCUGCAAUUGUAUUUGAGCUAGGAAGCUUCUGAGGACUGCUCUCGAAGGCCUUAGGUGCAGCAACUGGCUGUUGGGACUGAUUGACUUGAGAGUCAUUUAAAGCAGGUUACACGAGAGCCUGUCCAGUCUUUGACCAUUGGGGCGUGUCCAGAGUGAAGGGAAGAGGCUUUCGGGACACUCAUACAGAGGUGGUCCCCAACUUGAAUGAGGCUGAGGAGACCACAAAGGUUUGGGAUGCUCUGCUGGGGGAGAGGUUGUCUUCUUCUACCCUACCUCGGUCCCCUCCUGGCCUUGCAAGGCCCCCAUUCUUGUCCAGGAGGGGAUGGAGACUUGGG